CUGUCAAGGGUUCGAUGACCAUGGCUACGUACUGUCAAACCUUGCGGAACAUUACUGAUUGGUUGGAUGACGUUGACGCCCCGGUCUCUGAAUCUCAACUUGUGCUCCAAAUGCUUCGCGGGCUACCCGAAGAUCUCCAGGCUCAUACAUCGUUCCUACAAUUCCAACAACCGCUGCCCACGUUUCUUCAGACACGAUCUGCCCUUCUGCUCCAAGAUCGGCAAUGGCAAACCAUCACGGACGACGCCGGGACGGCCCUCCUGGCUGGCCGAACCGGCGGCCCACCUUACGGCACCAGAAGCGGCGGCUUUGGGCGUGGCAGUGGCUCGCCUGGCAGCGGGCACAGCGGCGGCAGUGGCGGCCGCGGGCAGUAGGGGCGCAACUACGACCGUGGUGGAGGCGGACGUGGACGUGGACGAGGAAGAAACUCUGGCUUGCAACGACACCCGCAUGACGGCUACGUACCUUGGAACUCACCGCAUCCCAACCCGGGCUCGGACACAGUUCACUCACGACAUCCUUGAGCGUGCCGACAUGAUUACUUGUCGUCCCAUCUCCACUCCAGUAGAUACGAAGGCUAAACUGUCUGGCACAUCCGGCUCCCUGGUAGCCGACCCAGCUCUCUAUCGCUCCAUCGUUGGAGCCCUCCAGUAUCUCACAUUCACCGGGCCAGACAUCUCCUACUCUGUUCAGCAGCUCUGUCUCCAUUUACACGGCCCCCCGAGAUGUCCACGUCGCAGCUAUGAAGCAGGUCCUACGCUAUCUCCGUGGCACCUCCACCUACGGUAUGACCUCCCUCCAAGCACAGAUUCUCUUUAGGCCUACUCCGAUGCUAAUUGGGCUGGGUG